GCAGCAUUUGCGCAAACAUUCACAUCCUCUAGCACUCGAGAAAAAUUCAACCAGAAGAAAGGUCAGCCCCUUGAAAGGCAUGGCCUCCUCGCCCCCAGAAGAGACCGACUUACCCACAGGCGAUUUUUGCUGCCCGGCGAGGCGGGCGAAACCAAUGUCUCACAAUAUCAGGCAGUUCUAUCUACUCAAGUACUCUCGAGCCUUCAAAGAGGUCCUAUAUUUACCUUUCGUAAAAGGCGUGCCUGGUUUGGAAAAGCUGUGGAGGGUGAGGAUCGGUCGAGAAAUCUCCAUUUGAGCAGGAUGCGUGUGCGUUCGAGUUGGUUCUCAGAAUACGAGCACAAAGAUUACCAACAUGAUUGAGACGCCUUGGAAGCAAAGCUGCCGAAUUUCGAAGCGAUUCGUACUCAAGGCGCUGCACACAAUCGCCUUGAAAAUAACCAAUAACACCGUAGGUUGACAGCACGUGGGCUCGGCAACUGAUACACUAUAUAGAGCCUCAUUUCAGCACAUCCGCCGGCUGUCUCAGUUGAUUCAAAGUAAUAUAGGAAGAGUGCAAGAUGGCCGAGGAACUCGACACAAGCAAGAUCAAAGACUGGCGUUCAAUCACUACGCUCGUUGUUUUUGUCCUCGCCAAUGUUGUCGUCCUCCUUCCCUUCCAUAUACCCCUUUAUCUUCCUCGAUGCCUUCUCAAUACUGCUUUAGACGCUCUCAGUACCUGGAGAGUGAUCAAUGAGCGUCAACGUGAUCAGGAUGCUGGCCGUUUCGUUCGCAUAUACCUUCCCUUCAAUUUUGUGACAGCACCUUUGAUUGCCGACCUAUUGCUCUUAGCGGUUUCGGCGAUUGGGCGCAAGGAGGUGUACGAGGGGAUUAUCAAAGCCGACAACAUAUCUCUUAUCGAUAUUAUGGUCUUCUUCCUCAGUCUUGCAUACAUCGCUAUCUCCAUCGAUGCCUCUGGCUUUCUUCGCUAUUUGGCAUUUAAAGUUCUACAAAAAGGUGGUAAGGUUGGGCAUAGACUCUAUUUCUAUCUGUAUGCCUUCUUCUUUGUUCUUGGAAGCUUCAUCGGAAAUGAUCCAAUAGUUUUGUCCGGCACUACCUUUCUUGCUUACAUGAUCCGUGUGUCGAGCAAUAUUUUGCAUCCUCAAGCGUGGAUAUACGCCCAGUUUGCGGCCGCCAACAUCGCUUCCGCAAUCCUGGUCACCUCCAAUCCCACGAAUCUCGUGCUCACGAGCGCCUUUGAAAUCAGAUUUAUCGAUUAUACGGCGAACAUGAUUGUCCCAGUUGUAAUUACUGCCAUCGUCCUGUUCCCCUUUUUGCUAUACAUUAUCUUCGCAGACGAAUCGUUGGUCCCACUAUCAAUCGAAAUGCACGAGCUGCCGGAGGAAGCAAAGAACAAAAGCCCAGUGAACCCUAACAUCCCUAAAAAUGGAGGCAUCGAUAAAGUGCAGGGGAACGAGGCAGCAAGCAGCGAGGACGGCAAGCUGUUAUCGCUCGAGGAAAUCCUGAACCCUUUUCUCGAUAAACGUGGAGCAGCUUUUGGUAUAGUCAUCAUGGCUGCGACGCUCAUCACUGUUUUGACGCUUGAUGCAGCAAACCAGGGUCACGCGCAACCUGUUUUCUGGGUGACCUUGCCAGCUGCAUUUGUCCUAUUCUGCUGGGAUAUAGCAAAUGGAUGGCUUCAGCGCCAUGAGACACACGAGAUUGCACGCAGGCGCCAAGAAGAGGUGGAGCGCAUGCGCGCUGACCGGGUUGUGGGGGGUAGCGAAUUAGCGGAAGACAGACGGAAGCCCCAGUUGACCGGGGCGCAUGUUACUCCAUCAUCUGGCAUUCUCGACCGAAGAAACCGUGGGACCCCAAGCGCGCCAUCUACCAUCUCGAUGAAUAACCAGCUACCUCACCAACAGUCGCUCCCGAGUAACGUGAGCACUCUCGACGAGGAGCAGGAAUCAGUUCGCUCGAACCUGAGUCCCCUACCAUCGAACCCGGGUGGCCCUAGGGGCGCACAGGCGAGUGGGAGACUGCAACCAUGGUCAGAACAGCAGGAUCUCCCUGGUGAACAGGAACCGGAGAAAGCCACACUUCAAUCACUUGCCAUGAACGGCUAUCAAUGGCUUCAGAUGACUUUUCCUAUAGCAACGGCUGUAGCAUCGCGUAUGCCAUUUACGCUUGUUCCUUUUUCCUUUGCCAUGUUCGUCCUCGUGCAAGCUCUUGUCGCGAAAGGGUGGGUUGAGGUCUUCGCGUAUGGCUGGAACCAUUGGGUAACCCGUACCGGGACGGUGGGGGCGAUUGGAGGAAUGGGAUUUCUAUCCGUUAUACUCUGCAAUGUGAGACUAUUAGCUAUACGCAGUCAUUUGCUCAGCUGACCUGUCUUAGUUCGCUGGUACAAAUAUAGGUACUGCCAUCCUUCUUUCCCGCAUGGUGCAGAAGUGGCAGGCUAUCCAUCUCGCCAAUGGUACACCUAUCAGCGACCGCACAUUCUGGGCUACCAUCUAUAGCAUGGCGCUUGGGGUCAACUACGGAGCGUUCAGCUGCGCGUUGAGCGCCUCACUGGCAGGACUAUUAUGGCGCAACGUCCUUGCACAAAAGCAUAUCAAGAUCCGGGAUCUAGAAUUUGCUAAGGUAAAUCUGCCUAUUAUUGGAAUAUCGAUGGCAGUUGGAUGCACAGUGAUAGUAGGCGAGGUAUAUAUUAUGCGAGAGAAUACCCCCUAUAAUCCUUGAUGACGUUUCGAGAUUUCUUUGACUAGCAAGUUUGAUAAAUGACUUCAGGCGAGAUGGGCUAUGUUGGUGCUCAUCUAUAUAUGUACCCAGUAUUUUGCAUUUAGCCUCCGCCAACCAAUCUAGUCAGUUGAGAUACCACUAUGUGGGCCUGACUCUUUAGCUUUUGUUCGCAUUUUUUUCCCCAAGUAGUAUUCAAGCAUAUUCCAGAGUAUCCGCGUUUAUCACCAGGCAGGAGCAACGACUCCGUACCAACACAACCCAAGCACAGCACCUAGCAAAAUAGCCGCUGCAGGUGGAACCUUAAACCACGCACUCUCAGCAUAAGUAACAGCGGCGACAACAACCCACCAGGGCUCCUUUGCCAGACUUUGCCCAUCACGUUCCCUGGGACUCAAAUACCCUAUUUCCCAAAGCCGGUACACAGCCGUAAACACUAAUCCUACAGCCGAUGCAUUCACACCGCGAAGGAAAUCGAUCACAUACUUCUGCUUUCGUAGAACACGCCAGAAUGACUGAAUCGCGAUAGCGAGAGCGAUUCCAGGGAAGAAUAUCCCUAAUCCACCGAGGAAUGCACCAAAGACUGUCGGGUAGGAUGUAGUUCGAAGGGCGAGUGCACCAAGAAAAACAGCAAAGUUAAAGUUUGGGCCAGGGAACGCCUGGAUGAUAGCGAGGCCGAUUAAGAAGUCUCGACUGGAGACCCAGCCUGGGUCAACAACGUAGGAACGGAGUAAGGGGAUGACAACUGGGCCACCGCCAAAUAUCACAGUGCCGGCGAGGUACAUAUUUGCGAAGAG